AUGGCCAACAGAAGGACAUAUCUGGUUCUGGGAGUUCUGCUGUUUGUAUGGGCCGAGUUGGGCACUAAAGGCCAAGAAGAAGAAGAGGAAGUGACCUGCAGGUUGCUGGGCAAAUUUGAUUUGAAUGGAUAUGUGGAUGCCAAAAACCAUUCCGUUGUUAUUGGAGGUCUGUUUCCUAUUCACUCCAGGACCAUCCCAGAAAAUGAGUCUAUUUUGGAGCCAGUGUCAGCCAAAUGUGAAGGGUUCAACUUUCGAGGAUUCCGCUGGAUGAAGACCAUGAUCCACACCAUCCAGGAGAUCAAUGAGAGGAAGGACAUUUUGCCCCAGCACACUCUGGGCUAUCAGAUCUUUGAUUCCUGUUUCACUGUGUCCAAAGCGAUGGAGUCAGCUUUGGUGUUCCUCACAGGGCAGGAAGAAAACAAACCCAACAUGAGAAACAGCACCGGCUCCUAUCUGGCGGGAAUUGUUGGAUCAGGAGGCUCAGCCCUAUCGAUUGCUGCGUCAAGACUUCUAGGGCUAUAUUAUGUACCUCAGGUGGGUUAUGCCUCUACCAGCUCAGUUCUUAGCGACAAAUACCAGUUUCCGAGUUAUUUUCGCAUAGUACCUAGUGAUAAUAUCCAGUCCCAGGCCAUGGUGAAACUUAUCCAGCAUUUUGGCUGGGUAUGGGUGGGCACUAUCGCAUCUGAUGAUGAUUAUGGAAAAUAUGGUGUUAAAGUUUUUAAGGAAAAUGUGGAGAGUGCCAACCUCUGUGUUGCAUUCUCUGAAACCAUCCCCAAAGUCUAUUCCAAUGAGAAAAUGCAAAAGGCUGUCAAUGCUAUUAAAGGCUCCUCUGCCAAAGUCAUCGUGCUGUAUGCCUCUGAUCUGGACCUCAGUCCCUUCGUGCUGGAGAUGGUGUACCACAACAUAACGGACAGGACUUGGAUAGCGAGCGAAGCAUGGAUCACCUCGGCCCUCUUGGCAAAGCCUGAAUACUUCCCCUAUUUUGGUGGAAGUAUUGGGUUUGCAGUGCCAAGAAGUGACAUCCCGGGGUUGAAAGAAUUUCUUUAUGACGUGCAUCCCAGCAAAGAUCCAAAUGAUGUCCUGACCAUCGAAUUCUGGCAGACAGCAUUUAACUGUACUUGGCCCAAUAGCAGUGUUCCUUACAAUCUGGACCACCGAGUGAAUAUGACUGGGAAAGCGGACCAACUGGAGGCCACAUCUGAUCGGUUGUGUACUGGAGAGGAGAGGCUGGAAGAUCUUAAAAAUACCUACCUGGAUGUGUCUCAGCUGAGAAUCACAAACAACGUCAGACAAGCUGUGUAUACUCUGGCUUAUGCCCUGGAUGAGCUCAGCAGAUGUGACAAAGAGAAUCCAAGAUGGCACUGUGCCUACAUACCUGCAUUUGAGCCCUGGCAGCUAUCCUACUAUAUGAGGAGAGUUAAGUUUACAGCUCAUGAUGGAAAGAAGAUAGAGCUUAAUGAUGAUGGAGAUUUGGAUGCUGGGCACUAUGAUAUUCUAAACUGGCAAACAGAUGAUAAUGGAGAAGUUGACUUUGUUAAGAUUGGAGAAUACAAUUUCAGAACCUCUAAAUUUGAAAUGGUUUUUGCAAAGAAGUCAACAAUAUUUUGGAACACUGAAUCAUCCAAGCUUCCCCAUUCAGUGUGUACCGAUGUGUGUCUUCCUGGGACCCGGAAAGGGAUUCGUCAAGGGGAGCCGAUCUGCUGCUUUGAUUGCAUCCCAUGUGCUGAUGGACAUGUGUCAGAGAAACCAGGUGAGAGGGAGUGCACGCAGUGUGGUGAGGACUACUGGUCUAAUGCAGACAGGAGCAAGUGUGUGCUCAAAGAGGUGGAAUUCCUGGCCUAUGACGAGGCCCUGGGCUUCACCCUGGUCAUCCUGUCCAUCCUCGGGGCCCUGGUGGCGCUGGCGGUCACUGUGGUCUAUGUGCUCUACAGGAACACUCCCCUGGUGCAGGCCAAUGACCGGGAGCUGAGCUUCCUCAUCCAGGUGGCGCUCCUCAUCAUCAUGCUGUCCUCUCUGAUCUUCAUCGGCAAGCCACACACCUGGUCCUGCAGGGCCCGCCAGGUCACUCUGGCCCUGAGCUUUACUCUUUGCCUCUCCUCCAUUCUGGGAAAGACCAUUUCACUCUUCCUGGCCUACAGAAUUUCUGCCUCCAAAACUCGGUUCCUCUCCAUGCGCCCCGUGUUUCGCAAGCUCAUCGUGUUGCUCUCCGUGCUGGUGGAGACUGGCAUAUGCAUUGCCUACUUGCUGAUGCGCCCCCCGAGGGUGUACAAGAACAUGGAGUCUCAGGUGAUCAAGAUCAUUCUGGAGUGCAACGAGGGUUCUAUCGAGUUUUUGUGCGUCGUCUUUGGGGUCGAUGUCUUGCUGGCCUUCCUGUGCUUUCUGAGCAGCUUCGUGGCUCGCCAGCUGCCAGAUAAUUAUUACGAAGGCAAAUGCAUCACUUUUGGCAUGCUGGCCUUCUUCAUCAUCUGGAUCUCUUUUGUGCCCGCCUACUUGAGCACCAAAGGCAAAUUCAAAGUGGCCGUGGAGAUCUUUGCCAUCCUGGCAUCCAGCUACGGUUUGUUGGGCUGUAUAUUUGCUCCCAAGUGCUUCAUCAUUUUGCUGAGGCCGAAGAGGAACACAGCCGAGACAGUUGGGGGAAGAGUGCCCACUGUAGAUAAGAGCAUCCAGCUGACAUCUGCAUCUGUGAGCAGUGAGCGGAAUGAGACUGCCGUGUCCACAGUUCUGGAUGACUAGCAUGGGCGGGACACCUGUCCUGCCAAGCCCCAGGGUGACUUGCUUCAAAACUCCCAAAGGUCAUCCUUUCUGUGCCUGCUGCUGCUGGGUCAUAUUGAGACCUGGGCGCUG